CUGAAACUCCCAUUCCAAUUUCGCUUAGGUUGCCUCUCCUCCAAUAACCGCUGACCUCAUGGACAGAACUGGGUCUGCGCCUCUUGUUGUCUACACCCAACCCUAACCCUAAUCUCCCAAUUAUUUCUCUUCAAUUCCCUAAUUUUCUUCUAUCGACCUUUAUAAUUUGCCCAUUCUGAGCCCUACCCUCCCUUUCGAAGCUCAAUACAAGUCUCUUUAAAGAUUCAAUUCUCUGAAAUUCUUGAAUUAUUAUUAUUAAUUUCUUUGGAAGACAUGAAUAGCUCAAUCUCACUAUAAUGAUCAACGCCGAGCUGCUUGGGGUUUUGCUUUUAGGGCACCAAUUGCAUGGGCUUGAGCGAUGCCUGAGCUUCGCAGAGGUGUUCGCAGAGGUCGCGCAGGGUUAACGCCGCAAAACAGGCAACCAGACCCUCCGCGAGUGCAAAAUUGCGUGAAGACCCGUGCCGCCGUAGCUAGAGAGAGGAAGAGGCCGCUGACUAGAUUGGAAACGAAAAGAUUGAAAGAGAAGCAGGAGGAUAAUAAGGUGAUUGUAAUAUCGGAGAAAGAAGAUAGUGAAUUUUUGAUUUCGGAGAGGAAAAAGAAGGGCAAGAAAAAUUUGGCUGUUGUUUCUGUAAAAGAGAAGCAAGAGGAGGACGUUAAGAGAGUUGGUAUAAUGGGUGAUGAUAGUGGUGGUUUGAGUGCUAAUAAGGCUGUUGGGCAGGAGGAGGAGGGCAACACUGCACCUUUCCCAGAAAAGGUUCAAGUGGGAGGGUCACCUUUAUAUAAGAUAGAAAGAAAAUUGGGUAAAGGUGGAUUUGGUCAGGUGUUUGUUGGCCGUCGAGUAAGUGGUGGCACCGAUCGUGCAAUGGGCCCUGGGGCCAUGGAGGUGGCUCUGAAAUUUGAGCAUAGAAACAGCAAGGGUUGCAACUAUGGGCCCCCAUAUGAAUGGCAAGUAUAUAAUACUCUUGGUGGUAGCCAUGGAGUGCCAAGGGUUCAUUAUAAAGGAAGGCAAGGAGAUUAUUAUGUAAUGGUUAUGGACAUGCUAGGCCCUAGCCUUUGGGAUGUGUGGAAUUCUUCUGGGCAGUCAAUGUCCUCAGAAAUGGUAGCUUGUAUUGCUGUUGAAUCUCUAUCAAUCCUAGAGAAGAUGCAUUCCAGAGGCUAUGUGCAUGGAGAUGUAAAGCCAGAGAACUUUUUACUUGGUCAGCCAGGUACAGCACAGGAGAAGAAGUUGUUUCUUGUUGACCUUGGGUUAGCAACAAAGUGGAGAGAUAGUGGUAGUGGGCAGCAUGUUGAAUAUGAUCAACGUCCUGAUAUGUUCAGAGGAACGGUUAGAUAUGCUAGUGUCCAUGCUCACUUGGGAAGAACUGCUAGUAGGAGGGACGAUCUUGAAUCACUGGCAUAUACACUAAUCUUCCUCUGUCGAGGCAGAUUGCCAUGGCAAGGGUUUCAGGGUGACAAUAAGUCCUUCCUAGUUUGCAAAAAGAAGAUGGCAACCUCUUCAGAAAUGCUGUGUUGCUUUUGUCCUCCACCCCUUAAGCAAUUUCUUGAGAUUGUGGUGAAUAUGAAAUUUGAUGAGGAGCCAAACUAUUCCAAGUUAAUAUCUUUGUUUGAGGGCCUGAUAGGACCUAACCCAGCAAUAAGGCCUAUAAACACUGAGGGCGCCCAAAAGAUUAUCUGUCAAGUUGGCCAAAAACGCGGCAGGUUGAAUAUUGAGGAAGAGGAUGAUGGGCAACCCAAGAAGAAGGUUCGUCUAGGAGUUCCAGCUACACAAUGGAUUUCCAUUUAUAAUGCUAGACUACCAAUGAAACAAAGGUACCAUUAUAAUGUGGCUGAUGGAAGGUUGGCUCAACAUGUGGAGAGAGGAAUUGCUGAUGGUCUGCUCAUAAGUAGUGUAGCAUCUUGUUCUAAUCUUUGGGCAUUAAUUAUGGAUGCCGGAACUGGUUUUACAAACCAAGUUUAUGAACUGUCGCCUCUUUUCUUACACAAGGAAUGGAUCAUGGAACAAUGGGAGAAGAACUAUUACAUUAGUUCUAUUGCUGGUGCAAAUAAUGGAAGCUCCCUUGUGGUGAUGUCAAAAGGCACACAAUAUACGCAACAGUCUUACAAGGUGAGCGACUCAUUUCCCUUUAAGUGGAUAAACAAGAAGUGGAGAGAAGGAUUUCAUGUGACCUCAAUGGCUACUGCUGGAAGCCGGUGGGGCGUUGUCAUGUCUCGCAAUGCAGGCUUCAGUGAUCAGGUUGUUGAGCUUGAUUUUCUUUACCCGAGUGAGGGCAUUCACAGACGCUGGGAUAAUGGCUUUCGAAUUACAUCUACAGCUGCUACUUUUGAUCAAGCUGCUCUUAUAUUGAGUGUCCCCAGGCGCAAACCUGGUGACGAAACACAAGAAACUCUACGUACUUCUCAAUUUCCAAGCACACAUGUUAAGGAAAAGUGGGCGAAGAACCUUUAUCUGGCGUGUUUAUGUUAUGGACGGACGGUAUCUUGAAAUAUAUGCUCCAGUGGGGAAGUAUGUGGAAACAAAGAAAGUGAGAAGGAUUCUGGAUCUCCCAUUUCCUUUUCUUUGCUAGUUUCUUUGUGUAGUUUCACAUAUUAAUUGUACAAAAUGGAGUAGGAGAUUUAGCUGGAGUGGACAAACUAUAUUUUGCGUAUGAUUACUACGUUUCGUUGAAUUUGUAAUUUGAGCUCUUAUACAAAAGGGAUUCAUGAUCUACCACCUAAAUGUUUUCUGGUUGA